AUGUUUCCUCAUUAUCGACUGUUAUGUGCCCGCUUGCCACGGUUUAACCAUGUCAGGACAUUGAAGAGAAGUGAGCUUUAUUUUAAUUUAUAUUGAUUCGAUAUUCUAGAGAGCGUUUGGAUUCCUUUAUGGAUUUUAAUCUUUAAUUUUAGUUCAAGAAGUGACGGAAGGAAACAUGACUGUGGUUAGUCUAGUAGAUGCUCCAGAACCAUCCCGGAAGCGAUCUUUUAAUACUGACACACACAGUUGUGUGUUAUGCUCGAUUCCAAAGAAGGUAACCUUCAGCGACGUCCUGAUCCUAGAACAAUUUAUGCGAGAAGAUGGAACUGUCCUACCCAAUCAUUUGACCGGACUUUGCAGGAAACAGCAAUUGUUAGUUGAACGGUGCGUGAUGCAAGCACAUUGGAGUGGACUCUUCCCGGAUAGGACUCUCCCCGACUUUGAUCGAACUGGAUAUAAGAGAUUUAACAGGUAUUGGAAGGACGAUAUGGACAUGUACAGGCUGCAAUCCAAACUGGAGCCUGGCAGCUGGUACUUUAUCAAGCGAUAUAUCACGAAGAAAGGAGAAUUCUCGAAACCUUUGCCCAAAGAGUAG